AUGAAAAAACCGAUCCGCUUAGGACUGAUUGGCUGUGGUGGCAUUGUGCAAAAUACACAUGCCCGUGCCUAUCGUUCCCUCCCAGAUACUGUCGAGGUUACUGCACUCGCUGAUAUUGUCCCGGAGAAUCUGCAAAAGAUUGGGGAACUGUUCGAUGUGCCUACAGAAAACCGAUACGCAGAUUAUCGGGAAAUGCUGGAACACGCAACAAUUGACGCGGUAACCGUUGCCACACCGCACUCAUUUCAUGCUGAGCAGGUAAUAGAAGCCGCAGGUGCAGGCGUUGCCAUUAUCUCUGAAAAACCGAUGGCGACGACGUUAGAAGAGGCGGAUAAAAUCAUGGAGGCAGUCCGCCGUAAUAGCGUCCGCUACACAGUGGUGCAUAACUAUAUUUUUACUGCUGGAAUGCGAGCGGCGAUGACAGAAUUGGAUGCCCUGGGUGAAUCCCAUUUCGGACGAAGCGUCGGCAUGGGACUGAAACCGACAGAUUUCUCGGCUGACCAUCCGACUCCAGCGUUCGCAUGGCGCGCGAGCAGAGCAAAAGGGGGUGGAUGUAUCAUCGACACAAGUUACCACGAAAUCUAUUCCGUCUGCACGCUGAUGCGAUCCCCAGUACGCUAUGUUGAAGGACGGGUCCAAACUCUACGUUUUGACAUUGACGUUGACGACAUCGCGAUGUUGCUCUGCGAACAUGAAAACGGUGCUGUCACUACGGUUUCCGGUGCCUGGUGCGUGCCUGCUACAGAUUUCGGUUGGUGCGAGAUGCACGCAGAAAACGGCUCUCUGCGAGUCCGACAUCGACAAAAUGUGAAGGACGCACUCCGGCGUUUCACAAGAGCAGAUGGCUGGAAAGAGUUAGACCUCCCCACAUUCGACGAGGCUGAGCAGAACGAUGCCAGCGGACAUGUCCGAUACUUCACGGAGACCUUCAAUGCACUUGCUGCGGACACAGCACUACCGGUGCCUGCGGAGAAGGCGUAUCACAACCUCGCGAUUAUCGAAGCCGCACGUAAAGCGACAACGGAACGCCGCGCUAUCGAGAUUCAGUUGCCGUAG